AUGCCUCUACGGCAACUGUACCCCGACCCCGCAGCAGCGGAUUCAAGAGUUGAUGUCAGCAGGGUUGAUAUCAUCGCAAUUCACGGCCUCAACCCUCGAAGCAGAAACGACGCCGACCACGCGUGGGAUACAUGGCGCUCGCCUUCCGGGGAUCAGGGCCGUCUCUGGCUCCGCGAUGACCUCCCCUCAUCAGCGCCCAAGGCGCGCAUAUUUCUCUACGAAUUCAACGCAACAGCGGUCUACGGGAAGGACCGGGGUACUUUUAUCGACAAGGCAAAUAGUCUGCUUGAGGCAAUCCGAGCGAAGCGAAAGGGCGCUGAUUCCCGGCCUAUUAUAUUCCUCGGCCAUAGCAUGGGUGGUCUUCUCAUCAAACAGGCCUUGGUCAAUGCGCACAAUAAUCGAAAAUACACAUCGAUCAAAGACGCAACCUCAGGGCUGGUAUUUUUCGCCACACCGCACCACGGCGGCGAUACCAUGUUGGUUAGCCUUGGCCGGGUGCUAGCUAAUAUUGCCCGUAAAUCCGGAUUUCAAAAAGGCGAUGACGUGCUGAAGACAUUAGAGGAGGGGAGCACAUUCUCGGAUAUUAUGGAUGAGCAUUGGAGGCACCAACUCCUGCAUUACAGUAUUAUCUCCUUUUGGGGAACCCGAGACAACGUUGUCCCACCAAAAAGCUCACGCCUCGGCCUACCAGGGGAUUGCGAGAAUGUUGUGCCGCUAGAUGCAGACCACAGUCAGGUGUGUAAGUUUGGCCUAAGCCAGACAGACCAGGACAACCUUGAGCUAGUAAAGAGCAACAUCGAGGAUGUCUAUGAAGCUGCGCUCAAGAAGUAUGGACAUCUUAGAGAAAAUGCCGACCCGAGCCCACUCCAAAGAAUGGACAGAGAGUUAGAAAGGUAUUACAACACCCGGAAAAGACUCCACAUUGAACGUCUGUCUGGCGAUGUAUUAGCAAUGGAUACAUGCUACAUCAAUCUUGCUAUUGUGGAGGAAAUCAAAGAGAACAGAUUAUCCAAGAAGGUGGAAGGUGGAAAAACAGCUUCUCCAUUCUCACUCACCACUCGACUCAGAGUAGAAACUCCCCACCAAAAUAUUCAAUUUAGCCUACCAGAUAUCUUUGAAAAACGCUCGGGACGACAAGUACCAAGCAGAGUCUUGAUCCGCGGCCGUGCGGGUAUUGGAAAGACAACACUGUGCAAGAAGAUCGUUUACGACUUUCUCCAGGGUCGCCUAUGGAAGGAUCUUUUUGACCGUAUAUUCUGGUUACCUCUACGGAAGCUCAAAGCUAACGAUAUGUUCAAGGACAUCGAAGACCUUUUUCGCGAGGAAUAUCUCUCCCAGAACCCAGGAAAGAAGGACCUCGCUAAUGAUGUAUGGACUGCGUUGCAAACAUCACAGUACCACAGAUCGCUCUUUCUUCUGGAUGGUUUGGAUGAGGUCUCAGAUGAAUUAAACAAAGACCACAAGUUACUCAAAUACCUCAUGGACUUGCCUAACAUUAUCGUGACCUCUCGCCCACAUACAUCACUUCCGACCCAUCUCGAUGGGGAAUUUCACCUUGAGUUGGAAACCAUUGGAUUCUAUCCUCAUCAGGUAGAAGAAUAUGUCACACGAUAUUUUCCCGGCCCACAGCCCGCCGAUCAUAAUAAGUGCACGCAGAUCCUGUUAUAUCUCGAAAAACACCGCCUGAUCCAAAGUCUUAUGCGGAUCCCAGUCCAACUAGACGCCCUCUGUUGGAGCUGGGGUGACUGGAAUUACCAGGAAGCUCAGCCCCAAACAAUGACUGCUAUCUACCAGGCCAUUGAAUACCGGCUCUGGAAGAAGGAUAUCGUCAGCCUUGGGACGAAAGAGAACUAUCAAGUGCGAAGAUUUCUCCCAGCUGAAGUCUACAGAACUGUUAGACCGGACAUUGAGAUCCUAGAGCUUCUUGCUUUUGUGGGAAUGUAUAGCAAUGUGAUCGAUUUUGGGCAGGAAGAUCGUGACACGAUAUUGAAACUGUCCGGGUCCACUUCUGACGGAUUUGAUGAAAGGCUCAGCCGACUUUCUUUUCUGAGAAGUUCCGGCUCCUCGAAGACCAAUCCGAGCGAAGAAAAAAGGACUUACCACUUCCUUCACUUAACGUUUCAAGAGUACUUUGCCGCGCGAUAUUUUGUGCGCAAAUGGAAAGCCAGCAAAAACUUGGAAUGUGUGAGUCUGGUUGCUAGCAAGAGGAAACUCGCGAGUAAGGGCAACUUCAUUUCACCAGUCGAAUUUCUGAGAAGAACCAAAUACAGCUCUCGCUAUGAUAUAGUGUGGCGAUUUGUCGCCGGACUCCUUGACUUAGAUGGAGAGCCAGAGGAGACGGAGAGGUUCUUUAGGGCCCUAGAUCAGGAACCACUGGAUCUCCUAGGUAUUGCACACCAGCGGCUUGUGAUGCAUUGCUUAAGUGAGGCUCGAUCGGAAUCCUUCUCACUUCGAGGCAAGCUUGAAGAUCAUCUAUCACAGUGGCUGGUAUUUCAAUGCAAGUCGAUUUUGGACAUAGGUCUAAAUUUCUCGCAAAUGGCACUGACCUUGGCGAGUGAGUUUGAAUUUCCCGAGAGAUCCUUGGCUGGCAUUCUGGAAGAGGAUGAACGGGUUCAAGCGGUUGCUUUCAAUUCAAUGAAACAACUUCGCCAAAUACCAUCUCAGAUUAUAGAGAGAGUGCUUUCUCUUCUAGAAACCGCAGAAACCGCGCAGCUACUACACUCUUUAUUUGCGUUACUUGCACGCUCGAGGGACAAGUUACCGGAAAAGGCCUUGUACUCCAUAGCUUCAUACCUGAAGAAUCAAGAUGCGAAUUUGAGAGUCUCUGCCGCUCACGCUCUAAACAGCCAGAGGUUACCAGGGAACGUUUACUGCACAAUUGCAACGUGGGCGGGUCAUCUGGAUACAAAGCUUCCUAGCAAAAUUGGACUCGCCCUCAGCGGCCAGUCAAUGCCGAGAGAAACGUUGAUUGAGACUGUCGCGAUGCUUAAAAGUGACAACAGGCAUAUUAGAGAGGUUGCCAGCGAGGCUUUAAGCCGUCAAUCUGAUUUUCCUACAGAGGUGAUAAGCUCAAUAGCGGCAAACAUCGAGAAUUCAGACAGGCAGAUUCAAAGAGUUUCUGUAUUCGCUCUACACGGACAAUCAACCUUGCCGGACAAUCUUACUCGAUUGUUAGCGACUAUAACCGACAAAAGUGACAUGACAUCUCUUUUGACCAUUCGACUGUUCUCUAAGCUUUCAAAUCGUCCAGAUCAUCUACUUGGUACGAAAAUUGCGGAGAGUAUAAAUGGUCGCCAGCCGGCCACCAUUGAUCAAGUCAAAGCUUGGUGCAACAAGUCAAGGCUAUCUGCAGAAAUAUUGGACACUUUGAGGGUAUUUUUAGGGUCUCAGGAGAAGUUUCAAAGACGCGCAGCUGCUUCGCUGUUAGCUGGACAAUCCAACCUGUCGGUUCCGAUUUUGAGCGCAAUAGUGGGAUUACUUGAGGAUAAUAUUAUCUCCGUUAGGACCGAAGCUGCGAAUGCCCUAAGUCACCAGCUGUGCUUACCGGAGGGUACCACUCUAGAGAUAGUGGCCAUACUCAAGAAAGGGAAACCCUCGAGAAAAGCCGCCCUGCAAGCGUUCAAAGAUCAGUCCAAUUCAUCGAAGCGAAUUCUUGACGAAAUAUCGCAUCAUAUCGAGGAUCGAGAUCCUUCUAUUACAACAGCCGCUCUCAACGCCCUGGCCGGUCAGUCAUACUUAUCAGAUUCGCCACACAUCUGGGACAAAGUCAUUGCCUGCAUUAAGCAUACAGAUGCGAGUGUUGUAGAAGCCACCUUGCAGGCGGUCAGAGCUAGUCAUCCGCGGAUUCUAUCCAAUGAUUUCCUCAGUAAGGUGGUGGAACAAAUCAACAAUCCGAAUAAGAGAGUCAGAUGGGCUACCGUUCAACUUCUUCAUGAACUGUCAGCUUGGUCUGAGGACAUUUGCCACGAUUUAGCGUUGCAACUCGAUGAUUCAAAGAGCAUCGUACCCGCGUCUUCUAACUGGUUCAUUGGAAACCUCGUGGAACGGAAAGAGUUUCAUUCAGAUUUCCUCCUGCGUGGUCCUUGGCAACCACUUUUAAUCCCUCUGUUGGUGCGCGGCUUCAGGGAACAGCUAGCAUGGUACAUUGACUCUGGCCAUUCAUAUCUUGAGACAGCCAAUGGCCACGAAAAGCUAGCGCUGUGUAAUGAAGGUAAUAUAAAAUACCAAUUGAGAUUGGCACGGCAAAGAGCUGGUGUUCCCUCUGUGGCAGCAUCACCUUCUUCCGAAAGCUUUUUCAGCUUUGGCCUUUUGAUCAGCCUUCUGAACUCGGGAUGGGAAGCGGCAAUUACUUGCCUGAAGUUCGUGGGGAAGCUUUGGGACAUCUGUGUAGAAUAUCUUCGCACAUUCUCUUGA